AUGGGGAACUCAAGACAAGUUUUGGUAACGUUCAUCUUAGUUUUGACCUUCAUCGAUGCAUCAUUGGGGUUCGACUAUGGGCAGGCCAUGGAUAAAAGUUUGUUAUUUUUCGAGGCACAAAGGUCUGGAAAGUUACCCAUGAAUCAACGAGUGAAAUGGCGCGGUGAUUCCGGUCUCCAUGAUGGCUACCAGCAGAGAGUAAACUUGAUCGGAGGGUAUUAUGAUGCUGGUGACCAUGUGAAGUUUGGGCUGCCAAUGGCGUAUAGUGUCACCAUGCUGUCAUGGGGUGCCAUCGAGUACGGCAGAAGUAUGAUGGAUCUUAACCAGAUGGGGCAUGUUUUGAAUGCCAUCAAAUGGGGUACUGACUACUUCAUAAAAGCUCAUUCAGAACCCAAUGUUCUUUGGGGACAGGUUGGUGAUGGGGACUCAGACCAUUACUGUUGGGAACGAGCUGAAGACAUGAGUACACCACGAACGGCUUAUAAAUUGGAUACUGAUCAUCCGGGUUCAGACCUUGCUGGUGAAACCGCGGCUGCUAUGGCAGCUGCUGCUAUAGCAUUUAGACCUUAUAACUCUUCUUACUCUGAUUUACUAUUGGUUCAUGCUAAACAGCUUUUUUGGUUUGCUGAUCGAUUUAGGGGACUGUUCACAGAUUCAAUCCCGAGUGCGAAAGAGUUCUAUACAUCAUCUGGUUACUCAGAUGAACUAUUGUGGGCUGCUACAUGGUUGUACCGAGCAACGAAGGAUGAGUCCUACUUGAAAUAUGUUGUGGAUAAUGCUGCAUCUAUGGGCGGUACUGGCUGGGCAGUGAAGGAAUUCUCUUGGGAUAACAAAUACGCCGGAGUCCAGAUCCUCUUGUCCAAGGUGUUAGUGGAUGGAGACGGUGGUGCCUAUACCGCAACACUGAAACAGUAUCAGGCAAAAGCUGAUUACUUUGCAUGUGCUUGUCAUCAAAAGAACGAUGGCUACAACGCACCUAUGACUCCUGGGGGAUUACUCUACAUGCACGAGUGGAACAACAUGCAAUAUGCAGCCUCGGCUGCAUUCCUGCUGGCUGUCUAUUCUGACUACCUCUCAGCAGCUAAGUCUGUCCUAACGUGUCCCGAUGCUAAAAUCCAACCUCAUGACCUUCUUGUCUUCGCUAGAUCUCAGGCUGAUUAUAUCCUAGGGAAAAAUCCAAAGUCAAUGAGUUACAUAGUCGGCUAUGGUCAAAACUACCCGAUUCAUGUGCACCAUAGGGGUGCAUCCAUUGCCUCUAAAUUUGUACUUCACUCAACUGUGGGUUGUGUACAAGGGUUUGAUGCAUGGUACCGCCGCCCUGAGGCUAAUCCAAACGUUAUCCAUGGUGGGCUUGUUGGUGGACCAGACAAAAAUGAUAAUUUUGAUGAUGAUCGGUCCAAUUAUGAACAAACAGAGCCUACACUUUCUGGGACUGCCCCUCUUAUAGGACUCUUCUCUAAGCUACAUAGCAUUGAUUCAAAGCCUGCAGCAGGACCAGCCCCAACAAAGGGACAAACCAAUUCAUCAGCAGCACCAGUGGAAUUCUUUCACACGAUAACAAAUUCGUGGACGGUAGGGACAGUCGCAUACUAUAGGCACAAGGUGACAAUCAAGAACCUCUCAGAAAAACCAAUCACGGAUUUAAAGUUGGACAUUGAAAACCUAUCAGGUUCGCUAUGGGGAUUAUCACCAACUCAAAAUAAGAACAUAUAUGAGCUUCCAGAAUGGGCUAAGGUAAUCCAACCCGGGUCUGAGUGCAGUUUUGUGUAUGUUCAAGGUGGCCCACAAGCAAAGGUCACAGUUCAAUCCUACCACUGA